CAGCUCCGGGCGGGCGCCGAGAGCAGGCGGACUUUCCGCGCCCGGGAGGGAGAUGCGGCCGCCGCUCGGGCUCCUUGCAGGUUUCUCACCAGCAUAAUGCUGAAGCGAGAGGCUGGCAGCCCGAAGGUUUCAGGAUGGCUGAGUGGGAUGCUGAUCUGGAUUACAUCGUUCCGUCUUCUGUCCUUCCUCCCUUCUGGGCUAAGCUAGUCGUGGGCUUUGUUUCCCUUGUGUGUUUUGCACGUAGCUACGAUGGAGAUUUUGUCUUUGACGACUCUGAAGCUAUCGUUAACAAUAAGGACCUCCGAGCAGAAACACCCCUUGGGGACCUGUGGCAUCAUGACUUCUGGGGCAGUCGGCUGAGCAGCAACACCAGCCACAAGUCCUACCGCCCCCUGACCGUGCUGACUUUCAGGAUGAACUACUAUCUGUCGGGAGGCUUCCACCCCGCGAGCUUCCACGUGGUCAACAUCCUCCUGCACGGCGGCGUCUCCGUGCUGCUGGUGGACGUCUUCUCCGUGCUGCUCGGGGGCCUGCAGUACACCAGCAAGGGCCGGAGGCUGAACCUGGCCCCCAGGUCGUCCGUGCUGGCCGCGCUGCUGUUCGCCGUGCACCCGGUGCACACCGAGUGUGUUGCUGGUGUUGUGGGCCGAGCAGACCUCCUGGGUGCCCUGUUUUUUCUGUUAUCUUUCCUUGGCUACUGUAAAGCAUUGAGAGAAGCCAACAAGGAGGGAACACAUUCCACGUGCUGGGUGUUGCUGAGCAUCCUUCUGGGAGCAGUGGCCAUGCUGUGCAAAGAACAGGGGAUCACUGUGCUGGGUUUGAAUGCCGUCUUUGACAUCUUGGUGAUAGGCAAGUUAAAUGUUCUGGAAAUUGUCCAGAAGGUACUACAUAAGGGCAGAUCGUUAGAGAACCCGGGUGUGCUCAGGAAUGGGGGCCUCCUCUUCAGAAUGGCCCUCCUGGCCUUGGGGGGAGCAGGGAUGCUCUUCGCGCGCUGGAGGAUCAUGGGCACUGGCCCGCCGGCCUUCACCGAGGUGGACAACCCUGCCUCCUUCGCCGACAGCAUGUUGGUCCGCGCCAUAAACUAUAAUUACUACUAUUCAUUGAAUGCCUGGCUGCUGCUGUGCCCCUGGUGGCUGUGUUUUGAUUGGUCAAUGGGCUGCAUCCCCCUCAUUAAGUCGGUUGGCGACUGGAGGGUAAUUGCGCCAGCAGCACUCUGGUUCUGCCUCAUUGGCCUGAUAUGCCAAGCCCUGUGCUCUGAAGACAGCCACAAGAGAAGGAUCCUCACGCUGGGCCUGGGAUUUCUCAUCAUCCCGUUUCUUCCUGCGAGUAACCUGUUCUUCCGCGUGGGCUUCGUGGUCGCAGAGAGAGCGCUGUACCUGCCCAGCGCCGGGUACUGCAUGCUGCUCACCUGCGGGCUGGGCGCGCUCAGCAGGCUCACGAAGAGGAAGAAACUGAUUGCUGCUCUCGUGCUGGGAAUUUUGUUCAUAAACACGCUGAGGUGCGUGAUCCGCAGCGGCGAGUGGCGGACGGAGGACCAGCUUUUUAGAAGUGCCCUGUCUGUGUGUCCCCUCAAUGCUAAGGUUCACUACAAUGUUGGCAAAAACCUGGCUGAUAAAGGCAAUCAGACAGCCGCCAUCAGAUACUACCGGGAAGCUGUGAGAUUAAAUCCCAAGUACGUUCAUGCCAUGAAUAAUCUAGGAAAUAUCUUAAAGGAAAGGAAUGAGCUCCAGGAAGCGGAGCAGCUGCUGUCUUUGGCGGUACAGAUACAGCCAGACUUCGCUGCUGCGUGGAUGAAUUUAGGCAUCGUGCAGAACAGCCUAAAACGGUUCCAAGCCGCUGAGCAAAGUUACCGGACGGCCAUCAAGCACCGGAGGAAAUACCCAGAUUGCUACUACAACCUCGGGCGUUUGUAUGCGGAUCUAAAUCGUCACGUGGAUGCGCUGAACGCGUGGAGAAAUGCCACCGUGCUGAAGCCGGAGCACAGCCUGGCUUGGAACAACAUGAUCAUACUCCUUGAUAACACAGGCAAUUUGGCCCAAGCUGAAGCCGUUGGAAGGGAGGCCCUGGAAUUGAUACCUGACGAUCACUCUCUGAUGUUCUCAUUGGCAAACGUGCUGGGGAAGUCCCAGAAGUACAAGGAAUCUGAAGCCUUAUUCCUCAAAGCAAUUAAAGCUCACCCAAAUGCUGCAAGUUACCAUGGCAAUUUGGCUGUACUUUAUCAUCGUUGGGGGCAUCUAGACUUGGCCAAGAAACACUAUGAAAUCUCUCUGCAUCUUGACCCGACUGCAUCAGGAACUAAGGAGAAUUAUGGUCUUCUAAGAAGAAAGUUAGAACAAAUGCAAAAGAAAGACGUCUGAUCCUUUUUCCUCCAUUUUUUGAGUUUGUGUGUUAGUGCAUGAGGAAUAUCAUUAAUGUGACAUGCUUACAUUUUAACCAUUUAAAAGUCUUACAUGUUGCUUAUUUUAUUGCUUUUUUCCUAUGAAAACAAAGACAUGCAAAAAGAUUACAGCACCAGCAAUAUACUCUUGAAUGCUUGAUGUGGUUUUUGCAUUGAAAUUGUAUUUUUUCAGACAACUCAAGUGUAAAUUCCAAAAUUCCAAGGAUGAAGUCUUUUUUAAUUAAAAAGAAAAAGAGAAAAAAAUUAUCUUGAGCAACUUAGAGCAGAAUUAAACCUGCAUUUGGGAUGUGGGUCGUGUAGUGUAGAGACUCAUAGUAUCAAACACGGAUUGUAAACAAGAAGUGACAAACUGACUCCUACAAUUUAUGUAAAUAUCCAAUGUGUCUGUAUAUUAGAAUUUUUAUUUAAUGACAAGGAAGAGUAAAUUAAGAUUUUUGGUUUUUUAAUCUUUCUUUUUCAAACACUAUGCUAUGAACUUCAUUUAUAAGGAAAAAUAUUUAUUUGUAUUUUUCUGUUUUGAACAAGGCAAAUAAUUGAAUGAAAAAUGGAAAUUUUAACAUCUAGUGCAUUUAUACUUUUUUCCAUUGGAAGAAAUUCACUCCUGCAAUAUUUUUGGGAUUCUCCAACUUGUGCUGUUUCAUAACCUAGGAAAUUAUGUAGUAUUCUAUGUAAAGUGUCACUAUUAAUAGAAAAGUCAAGCCUUGCUUUAGGCAAAAGCAGGCAGCUUGAUGUCUUUAUUUUUGUUAUAUCCAGUAUUAAGAGGGCUACACUUCUACGUAAGUUGCUUUUUUAUGUUUUUAACUGUAAAGCAGUUUUCCAUUGAGCUUUAUGAAACCACAGUCAUUACUGUAUCCAGAAAAGGCAAGAGGUAGAUUCUCUCUCAAAAGGAACCACAUUGGGGAGUUUGUGAUGUUUUUAAGAAUUGGAGUAUUAUCCUGUUUCAUUGGAUCAGAAUAAUCAUGUUCGUUUUGUUUAUUCUCCUAUCUGUUGCUGUUGCCCUAAUGAUUUAUGCAAGCCCUGUAAUUUCUUAUGCAGUAAAAUUAUUACACAAAC